ACUUUUCACGACGCGAUGAUGUGUUUUCUUGUCGUUUUGAUUGCGACGUCUAACGUGCUCUGCCCCCCUCUCUGUUGCAGCGGCGUGUCGACGGCGGGCCGCGGCGUGACCCCGGUGUACCUGCGCUGCUCGGCGGGCGCGCUCUCGUGGCGCUGGCCGCGCGGCGCGCUGCGCGUGCUGCUGCGCGUGGGCGCGCAGGGCCGCGAGUUCCGCGCGUGCGUGCGCACCCGCGGCAGCGGCGCGCGCCUCUUCCUGGAGGGCCCGCGCUCGCUCCUGCCCCUCUACCCGGGUGGCCGGCGCGACGGCCGCAAGGACGACGACGCCCCGGUGCCGGUGCGCUGCUUCUACUCGCGCCACGGCCAGGCCGCCCUGUACGUGGAGGCCAGCGAGCUGGGCGCCCCCGGCGUCGCCGAGCCCCACGAGGAGUUCGGCCUCGAGUACGACCUGGAGCCCCUCCCGCGCGGUGCUAGGUUCGACGAUUCGCAAGAGUGCCGUCCCUGUACAUCGGACGAGAUGGCUCGUGCCUACUGCACCAGCGACCUCGUGGCCCGCGGCUACAUCCGCGCCGUGGAGAACGACGAGGACCUGGAGGAGUCCCGGGUCCAGGUGAAGCUGACGCGGGUGCUGCGGCGUCUGGCCGAGCUGGAGCCCAGCCAGGGUCCCGGCCAGGGCCAGGGCGGCGCCGGCGAGGACGACGAGGACGACAACGAGGUGGGCGGCGGCGGCGCCGACGAGGACGAGCCCGUGUGGGUGAACGAGGCGGCCACGCUGCGCAUGCCGCUGCACUGCGGCGCCAAGCACGGCCCCGGCGAGUUCGUGUUCAUGGCGCGGCGCAAGCUGGGCCAGCUCGCGCUCACCUGCGCCGCGCGCCUCGACCACUGGGUGCAGGUCGUGAGCGAGGUGAACGCCCAGGGCGGCGCCCACUGCGUGCUGCGGAGCUAGCCCCGCCGCAACCCCGGCCUAGCGGCCCCGGCCGUGUGCCGCGCCGCGGUGCGCGCACCUCGCUCUAGUCCAACCCCUAGUCCACGCAUCAUCGCCAUCUUCCCCCAGCCGCGCGCUGACCAAGUCGGCGGCGGCCCUCUCCUCACGCAGCGGCAUGGUGAACAGUGUCGCCCAGACUGCCCGUGCGAAGAAAGUAAAAACGUGUUAUUUUGUAGAGGAGCCUACCAAGAAGGUGAUCAAUCUACGUCGAAAGACAAAAAAGUGAGAUGGUUGGGACAGGGUUCAAAGAAUUCCUUGUCCUUCCCCUUGUAAUUGAUAAAUGCUGUACAUUGAUUAUGUUUGACAGUUUGAGUUCUGUGAUACUUUAGCUUUUGCGCUGGAUGGACAGCAAGUUAAGCUGGUCAGUUAUUGAAUUGUUAUUUUCCUUUUAAAAAUUUUACGCUUUUUUCUUUCUUCUUUUUUUUUCAAAAUUCAGGUUUUUAUCUCCUCAAACUUUGCUUUUGGAAAACAUGUCCAUCUAGUACAAUAGCUGAUUCAAUUGCUGUAAAUUGAUUUAAGAACUGUCAUUGUACAUUGCCUUGUAAAUAGUUCAAAUGCUCACCUCCCAUGCCCAAAUGUAAUUUAAACAUAAUGUACAUUGUAUAUGUUUGUUUUUUUGUAAAUUUUGUAUUAUGUCACUUUCCACCUUAUUUCUAGUUUAUAAAUGUUGUUACCAUGUUUUUGGAGACUUCUGAUUCUCCUUUUUAUAUACAUCUAUGUAUUGGAGACACUUAAUAUCUUGCAUUUUUAAUCUUUCAAUUGAGAAUUUGUGACUAACUUCAACUAAUUGUUUUUGUUUUAUACAUUAGCUAUGAUGAUACCGUUUUCUGUUAUUUUGUGAAUUCGUGGUGCCACAGUAAUAUCAAAUAUGCACAUUUCUGUGCCCUUUUUUUAACUUUUAAAAUCCUAAGCUGCUGCUCUCUAGAGAGAGUGCUUGUAUUUUCCCCCUGUUCUUAGCGUACGCAUUAAAAUACAGUUAUGAAGUGCCACUUGUGUUCAACAUUAAUUGGAAUCUACUGUUUGAAUUUUGUGAGAUUUUAGAGCUAAUUCUCUAUUGUUUUCUUAAAUGACUAGAAUUUUAACGACUUGAAUGUUUUAAAUUUCAUGUGGAAACGAAACCUCCCUGUAAUAUGAAGAAAGUUGUUCAGAGAACUUCAUUUCACUUCUACUCCCUUUUUGUUUUUCCCAAACUUGUGGGAUUCAAUGUGCCAUGUGUACAGUUUACAUAGAUAGUAAUUUAUUGUAAAAAGUGGGCUUUAUUGUACAUUCAUGUGGCAUGGGUGGAAGAGUUAGUUGAGUAAUGAUUAUUAGGAUGGAUCUCAAAUUUUUGUUUAUGACCAAUGUAGAGAGAUAAGUCUUUCAAAUUAUUUAAAACAGAGUUUGAAUUUAUUAGAAUAUCAAUGUUUGUUAAUCUGCUUCGGCAUUACUGGAAAUGUGAUUAUCUUGGUCCGUGAAGGCGUUGGAAGUCAAACAGAUAGUGAUCAAAAUUUGGAAAUUUUGUUUUACCCUCUAUGGACGCACUACUGAUUGUAGAUGCUCGCUUUGUGAAAUCAAGAAUAUAAAAAUUAGUGCUAUCUGAUGUGAAAUCAUUGAUAAGUUGUUGAUUUUGUUGAUUGUGAUAAAUUGUUUAUGACUUUAAGAAUGACUAUAAUAAAAGAAAUAAUAUGAACA